GACAAGCGUAGCUCAGGGUAAAAAAUCACCACGGUCCAAUCCUCACCUACUUCCUGUUUCACCUCAGCCACUUUUCUAAGUUCAGAGUCAGACAACAGAUGGAGACGAGCCAACGCUGGAUGGUCUCCCCGUCACACAUUAACUUCAGUUCAUAAACAUGGCGUUGGUCAGCGGAACAUUCUCGAUCAACCUGACAUUAAAGUGACGCGUUAGACCGAGUUUCUUCUCCGCGAUACAGAGAGGAGUAAAAUAAAAAAAACUCUGGUUCGGGACCAGACGACUCAGCAACAUGCCCGAAGUGUCGAAGAUGAAGAAGCCCGACGUCAAGGUGGUUCUCCUGGGAGACAUGAACGUGGGCAAGACGUCGCUGCUCCACAGGUACACGGAGAGGAAAUUCAAAGACACCAUCAGCACCGUCGGAGGGGCGUUUUUCCUCAAACAGUGGGGACCUUACAACAUCUCAAUAUGGGACACUGCUGGUCGUGAACAGUUCCACGGGUUGGGCUCAAUGUACUGUAGAGGUGCCGCCGCUAUCAUCCUCACUUACGACGUCACCAACUGGCAGAGCCUAGCUGAGCUGGAGGAGCGCUUCCUUUCCCUGACCGACACUGCUAACCAUGACUGCAUUUACGCUCUAGUGGGCAACAAGGCUGAUCUCACAGACCCUAAAGCCCAGCUGUGUCUGGACUCAGAUGUGGCGUCUGAGGGGUGUGAGGAGGAGAGGACAGAACCACAGGCGCUAUCUUCUUGCCCCACACCCCCGGCCUCCCCCACUUCCCUCUCUGGGAUGACACUACACAAACAGGUUACCCCUGAAGAUGCAGCAGCACUUUACGGGAGGAUACUCCGCUACAAGGGCCUGGAAGAAAAGAGCAGCCUGCCCGCCGAGAAGAUGUGCUUCGAGACGAGUGCCAAGACGGGCUACAAUGUGGACACUCUGUUUGAGGCGUUGUUUGAUCUGGUGCUGCCUUCCAUCCUGAGGAAGAGAAAUGAGAACCAGGAGUCUCCUACGGUGGACCUGGAGGAGUGUAGGGGGGCCAGCACCAAACGGACCAGGUCUGGCUGCUGCUAGAGGCUGCUACCGGCAGAGACUUAUUUCUAAUGAAGGACAAUCUAGACGUUGCUCUGCGCACCAAAUACAUACUGUGAUGGUACUACUUUUUUUACUACACAAUGGCAUUAAUGAUAUCCCGGUUACACAAAUACACAUUCUUGAUUCUGUCAGAAAAACCAGCUGGCGGUCAUAGUGUCCGCUAACAUUUUAAGGAUGGGAAAUAAACGUUUGUUGCGUUUUCACUCUAUACUUUGAAACAUUCCACCACAACAGCUGAAACCACACUUGUAUCCCAAAAAUGUGUCUAUGAUCAAAUAACACACUGUCAAUCACUGCUUUUUGUUAAUGUUUUGUUGUUAACAGCACUAAUUGUUAUUUGGCACAUUGGUGUUAAUUAUAGUUGUGAUUUAAGGUUUCAACAAA